AUGCUCGAAAUCCUGCAUUAUAAAUUAAUUUUUCAACCUUGGUCAAGUCCCUUUUUAAGGCACUUCUUUUUUCAUCUGCUUUUCUACAAUUUCCUUCUAAAGGCUGUUGCGGAUGUUGAGGCGGGCGCGGGCCAAUCCACUACCUCAGAUUCUGAAUGGUCAAUUAACGAGGACGUUGAAAUUGGCUGGUGGAAUCGGCAAAGACGGCGUCGAACCCGUCGGCAAACGGCUGCUGCUGCAGCGACUGCUUCUGGUGCUAUUUAUAUUGAUGGGAUAGAAGGGGAUAGAGAAGCGGGCAUAGAGUCGCCUCAUUAUCUUAAUCAGGAAAUUAUAACUGAGGGG